UCAUCUCACACCAUGCACACGGCAGCUUGUGCACAGCACCGUUGUGAUUGGGGGGGUCGCUGUGCGUGCAGGAGGCGGAACCAGAGCUCAAUCUUCACAUCCCACUUUUGGAGCAAAUUACUGGGAACGUUUAGUCUGAAACACAUGACACAUGAGCGCAGUUCUUUGGGACGGAGGACGGACGUAGUGGGACAGAGAGACAGGUCGACACGACGCGACGUGGGGGUCGCAGGCUGAGAUCUGUGUGUGUGUGGAGAUAUUUGGAGUUUGGAGGAGGACGCUGGUACUUCUCUGCAGACAAAGUCCCCAGUCAUUCACUCCUCCACGAUGAGUCACCUCAAGGGGCUUGUGUGCAGCAGGUGAGACUGUGACUGCUAGAUUUGACGGUCCGGAGCUGGCAAGAGCUCCCGUCUGGCCAGCUCGGCCUCUGCUUCCUCUCUCUCUCUCUCUGACAUGUCGUGGGUCCAUGUGCUGCUGGCUCUCUCCAAACUCCCAUCCCAGUGUGAACAGACUGAUCCAGCAGAAAAGAAGCUAUCAACAGUCUCUCUUUGUAGUUCUUCUUCUCUUUCAAUCUGAGAUCCCGGGAAGAAAAUAGAAACUCUCAGAGCAUUUUCCAAACACUUACACAGCCUCAGACAUUGACACAUUUCAAAAGACUCAUUAUUACACGCACACACGGAGGCACCAGAGCAGAUAUGAGUGAGGAUAAACCAGCCGACGCUGUGGAAACCGCUCCUGCUGAGGCGAACGCUAUUCCUAAUGGGAAAGGCCAUGAGCCCGGGGAGGAGAUCACAGCAUCGGCCAAAACACCACCUGCAGAGGAUGUGGAAAAGGAAACUGUACCCAAUAAUGACCAGAAUGCUAGUCCCAACAGAACUGAGAAUACAGAGGCCAACCUCCCAGAGAGCCAGGAGUUCUUAUCGGGCGUGGAGGAGAAGAAACCCAUGCGCUUUACAGAUUUUGAGGGGAAAACGUCGUUCGGGAUGUCUGUCUUCAACCUGGGCAAUGCCAUCAUGGGAAGUGGGAUCCUAGGACUGGCGUACGCCAUGGCCAACACAGGGGUCGUCCUGUUUCUGACACUUCUAACGGUGGUGGCAGUCCUCUCGUCAUAUUCCAUCCAUUUACUGCUAAAGUCAUCUGGUAUUGUAGGUAUUCGUGCGUAUGAGCAGCUCGGCUACAGGGCCUUUGGCACACCGGGGAAGAUGGCGGCAGGUAUUGCGAUCACGCUGCAGAACAUUGGAGCCAUGUCCAGUUACCUGUACAUAGUCAAGUAUGAGUUUCCUCUGGUCAUCCAGGCCUUUCUGAAGGUGGAUCACCCCGCAGGUGAAUGGUUCCUGAACGGGAACUACCUCGUGAUCAUCGUAUCUAUUUCAGUAAUAUUACCGCUGGCUCUCAUGAAACAGCUAGGAUACCUGGGAUACACCAGUGGUUUCUCCCUGAGCUGCAUGGUUUUCUUCCUCAUCUCGGUCAUCUACAAGAAGUUCAAUACCCCGUGUCCAUUUGUGGACUUUGUGUUCAAUGCCACUGCCAGUGUGCUGAAUGUCAGUGCCAUGGAUCCUGGUGGGGAGCCCGAUCCUGCCUGUAUUCCCAAAAUGGCCAACCUCAACUCACAAACGGCCUACACCAUCCCCAUCCUGGCGUUCGCCUUUGUGUGCCACCCCGAGGUCCUGCCCAUCUACACAGAGCUGCGCAAUCCCACCAAGAAAAAGAUGCAGCAUGUGGCCAACAUCUCCAUUGCAGUCAUGUACGGCAUGUACUUCCUGGCUGCCCUUUUUGGAUACCUAACUUUCUAUGGUGAAGUGGAGGCAGAGCUGCUUCACACCUACAGCCGCAUCGACCCGUAUGACAAUCUGAUUUUGUGCGUGCGUGUGGCUGUGCUCACUGCCGUCACACUCACUGUGCCCAUUGUGCUCUUUCCAGUGCGGAGAGCGAUCCAGCAGAUGAUGUUUCCCAACAAGACUUUCAACUGGCCCCGUCACAUCGCCAUUGCCUUCGUUCUGCUCACUUUCAUCAACCUGCUGGUCAUCUUUGCCCCCAACAUCCUGGGCAUUUUUGGGAUCAUUGGUGCCACAUCUGCCCCGUGUCUCAUCUUCAUAUUCCCUGCUGUCUUCUACAUCCGUAUUGUACCCGAAGAAGAGGAGCCAAUGCGCUCGUUCCCCAAAGUCCUGGCCGCCAUUUUUGCCGGGAUAGGCUUCCUGUUUAUGAUAAUGAGCCUCAGCUUUAUCAUCAUCGAUUGGACAUCGGGCAACAGCAAAGCCGCUAGUGGUCACUAGGCACCACCUUCCAUUUUUUAUUUUCAGGUUUUAUAUUGUCGAUUUAGAUCUGUGUUGUAAUGUUACAGUUUUUACUUUGAAUGAUGUCUGAAGUUGCCCUAUCUUUUCCAUUAGAGAGUAUUGGCCACAGAGAAGGAGCCUAGAGUUCAGGAUGGCACUCCGCAAAAGCUCUCACUCUAAUGACGUUACACCGUACUGUACUGUACAUCCUGCCAAACAGCGAAUGCAGAUCCAGGCCAGUAGACUUUCCUGGAACGUUGAUAGAUGAAUUUACAAAAUAGGCCAGGUGUGUAAAGAUUAACGUUGACAUUUGGAGGCUGUGCCUUGUGAGAUGGAUGUAAAAGAACAGGUAAUAUAGAAGGCUGCUGUCUUUAUACGCCUGUCCCUGUGUUGGAUGGGAGCAUCUGCCGUCCCUGUCUUGUCCCUAACAUGAUCCACACACUGCUGCUCAGAUUAUGAUACACAAUCUGAAGUACCUCAGAUGACAAAAACCUAUUGAACGAUGGACAGUUCUUUUAUGAUGCAAAUGUCUAUUAUUAUUAAAUUAUUUGAAUAACUACAUAUUUGCCACUCAGAGAGGAAAGUGAUAGUAAAAAGCUAUUGCACAGAAAGAAAGAUGAGUUAAAGGAAUAGUUCAACAUUUUCAGGAAACACGCUUACCCACCUCCUCGCAGAGAAGCUAGAUACCACAAAGUUACGGCCAGCAGCUGGUUAGCUUAGCUACGCUUAGGAUAGUGUAAUAAGACCAGAACAUGUCAAACUGUUCCUUUAAAGUGUGCAGCCUUUAGCUCCUACUCCACUAACUUGUGCUGCUGCUGGUUAUUUUAAGGUUUGGAGGUGUUAACAUUCUCACCUCUGACAGAGCAGGGUGCAAAACCACAAAGUAUGUGGUAUAGUGUUGUGAGCACAUUUACCCAAACAUUCCAACACAAUAUAAUCUAGAUGUAUAUUUUUUAUUACUUGAUGAAAACCUCAGAAGAUGCAGUAUGGACUGAUGACUCAGCUCGGCAGGUUUCAGGUUAGGAACGUUUUUAAAUGGUUCGUGGCGGUCCAGAUCACUAUAUAAACAAUGCCUAUAUUGUGCGCAGAGUUUUUUUUUUCAGUAUUACCGUGUAAAUGAAAGUUAUAUAUGGUACUGAAGACCUCAUCGGAUGGAUUGUACAGAUCAAAGAGAUAAAUGAAAAGAAGAAAGUUACCGCUCAGUGUUCUUAAUGAUCGAGCAGGGCAGGAUUUUUACUUGGAUGAUGUGUUGUUUCUGAACAUUUACUGGAAGUAUAUCAGAGAUAACCAAAACAAAGAACAAACAACAGGGUCACUUCAUGAAGUGGUUAGUAACAGUUUGGUGUCUGUAAAUAUUUCUGCGUCCAGCACAAGCUUGAUCCCUAACAGAAAUGACAGACAUGGGAUUACUGUCUUCUUUAACAACCUUGAAAAGUCGAUGGUUAGCAAUAGCACUUUCCGUUGAUAAGCACAACUUGUUGUAGCCAUUAAUAAGUUGAAAUGCAAGCAAAAUGAUUUGUGAGAGAUUCACAAUAGAUGUGAUUUAAAAAGGGAAUGCCCCUUUUGUAUAACUAAAAUCUUUGGUGAAGUAAUCAAUCUAAUGUAGAUUACGAGCAAAUUAGCAAUGUAUCGAUGGUAUAACAUGGAUGUCUUCUCAAAACAUUACUUGAAAUAACGUUAAGGUUAGUUUUCCUCGGCUCCGUUCUGUAAACGAAAUUAAUUAGUUGGAUGUACUGUUGGAGGUUUUUAAGUGUCCGUGUUGUUUAAAAAAGAAAAGAAAACAUGGCUCCACUGUAUUUGAACUAUAGUACCUAUAUGCAUUAGUGUUGUUAAACCUGGACCUAUACUCUGAUCAGAAGUAUAACUCAAGUGUUCGUCUCCUGCCAUUGAUGGAUUAACUGUUGUUUUAAACUUCAUGUUUAAUGUUUAUUCGGUUGAAUCUGAUCCAGUGAUGAAAUGCAAAAUGUUAAUGAUUGAUUUUAUGUGUUUUUCUUCUUAUAUUUGUCUUUUUAUAGUCAGUGGCAUAUCAUCAGUUUUCUGACUUCCUUGCUGCUUCUUGGCAGACAGUAACCUACUAACCCAGAGUUGUUGGUGUACUGGCCUACAUUUCCAUACAUUGUUAAUGAUAAACUCUGUUACACCUGACUACAGUGAGUGCUGUAUGGGUAAGUGAGUAUUGUCCAGUCAAUUUGUUACACAACAGACCUCUUUUAAGUCCUUUUCCCCCCAUUGUAUCUAGAUAUUUGGUUGUCUUUAUGUAUCUGUAUGCAGAGUGAAUCAUGUGAAUCGGCCACUGGGGCUGCUGGGUUAUAUUUAUCCCCAACUUCCUGUUCCCAGUUUGACCUUAGUGAGUUUUUUCAAUGGUGCACACAUAAAACAUUUCAAAACCUCACAACACGCAAAAAAAAAUAGAAAUAAACACAAGGCAACAAAGCGAGGGGAUAAUACACUGUGUUAGUGGCUGAUACCUGAUGCUCUCUGAGGACCUCUGUUUAGAUCUCAGUGGUCUUAGUAUCCCCGUUUUUGUGUGAUUUAUUGACAUGUGUAUGAUUGAAUAGUAACAUAUUAAAUAUUGACAUUGGCCAGCAUUUAUAAAUAAUGUAUAUAAAUGUAUACCCUUUAUAUUCUAUAUGCAUAUCUAGUUUGUACAAUGUAAAUAGCAAUUAAAGUUUUAGUCCGAUUAAAAAUAUAAAUGUAAUCAUUUUCAAAGUGCUUUUAAACCUUUUUGUCCUUCAAUCCAUGUCGAUUUUUCUUGUAUCUCUAUAUAUUUUAAUAUGUCGCUGGCAGUUAUUGUACUGUAAACAAUGUUGCAAUAAAGAUAAUGAGGUAACAAAA